AUUUUCGUUCGCAGAGGACAGCCUGACAAGUUACCGUACCUCCACUGUCCAAAUGGUGAAAGCGCUACAUUAAUUUCAGUAAAAAGUGUCCUAUCAUAGACUUUCCGUUUAUUUAGCGGCUUUCCUAAACACAUAUGCUGUUCUCGGUCGAUCCGAGUGCGACAGAUGAACUCCGCAGAUAGGGCGGUGCUUUUUUUGAGCGAACUUCUUAUAAGAUGAUAGGUGAUCUUCGUGAACAGGAAUCGUUUGCGGCUUUUUAAUGUAGAUGUCCUCAUAGUUAAUCACUGACGUAUGUAAAUCUGCACAGAUUUUCGUUAGGCAUUCGCUAAUAAAUAUAAUAGAUAGAAGAUUUUUAUGUAGUAUAAGGGCAAACAGAUCAUACUGGAUUUAGGUAUGAGGGCCCGCCCGAGGUGUGAGCCUUUCACACGUCAAUUGUAGUCAUUUUUAUGACUUAUGUUUUACGUUCUUAUAAAACAAGCACGCUUUAUUUGUAGACAAUAGUCACAUUGGCAAAAUAGGAAAUCCAUCGUAGAUUUAGGUAGGUUAGAAUUGGUUCUAUUCAACAAUUAGCGGGAUAAGAUUCGGGCUACCCAAAGGUACCUUUGCUAAAUAAUAGUUCAUCAACAUUGAGUAAAGCCUCACCUCACUCGAACGUUUUCAGAUGUUGAAGCUCGCGUCGUUUACCUAGACCUCGGAUGGGAACAGUAAGAGCUUCUCAACCACCUGGCACUGAGCCCAAGAUUUCGAAGUAUUUUCUUUCAGCCUAAGUAAAACUCGCGUCAAUUUUUCAAACCCGUGGAUGUUCGUACCAUGGAACUAGAAUUCCUGUCUUAUUCAUCAGCGUACGAAUUUGAAGCUAGUUAAAAAACUGAUCUUUCCAUGUACACAUGAUCUUUUUAUCGUUCAAUAAUCAUUGGAUAUGGUCAUAUCGUAUUUAUUAGGGAGUUACGUUUUCUUAUAAUUAUUUUCUUUUCAUAAUACGUUUUCUGCUAAGGGUAAGAGCUUCCUCUAUACCCGUUUAUCGUUUUACGUCCCUUGCAUAAUUCGUACAUGGGGUCCUAUACACAUACUAUACUACCCGUGUAAAUUUUGUCAUAUGGGGCCCCGCGCGAACAAUUAUGCGAUCUCACAUUAUAUUAUGUCCUGUCUCAUAGACAGUUCAGUUUCGUCGAAAUACCGCGCCUGUCUUUUCGUAGCCAUCUUGAGCCACAAAGUAUGUGUACGUUUACGUGCAUUUGUUGGCCAUCGGCGCCUAUUGACUGCGAGCUCCAGGAGAAACAACUGUAACAGCAAUAGUAAUUGCGGUGAAAGCAUUAAGCUGGACUAUGACAAGAAGCAUAAGGAUAUAUGAUUUAUUGACACGAGGGUGGUCGGCCAUCGACAGGGAAGAUGGUGCAGCAGCAGCAGCACCAUCUGGGUAAGGGUCCGUAUUGCGCCAUAGCGGCGAGGUGGCGCUAUCCUGAUAAAAAAAAAAAACAAAAAAAGAGAAACAAAGAAAAUGGUAUGAAAAGCCGAUGAUAUAUUUAGCUGACGCUACUGCGAGCGGGCGAGUGAGCGUCGUAAGAUUACUCAGUUUGUUGCGGGUGCUGCUGUUGCGUGGUAGCUGUAAGCGCCAGUUUCUGUGUGAUUUGGUGGUACGUGGUGGCAUUGAUGCUAUCAAAAUCGGCUGCGGAUUUCCCUAAGACUUUCGAUACUGCACCUAUUGCAGUUUACUGCUGUUGUUGGUAACAGGCGAAAAGGUGCUGUGCAAGUUGCCAGACAACAUCUGAAACGGAAGGUAAGACGUGCGCUAGCGUAAUUGGGGCGGCAAUAAUGAUGGACAGCGGGGUGUCAAUGGCUGAAAAAAGACCAUGUUUUGGCACAGAGUAUUUUGAAAAACACUGUUCUAAGUAGCACUUUCUUCGGUUUAUCUUCAUCGCGGCGGUGUCGCGGACGAUGUUUAAGGUUAGUUCUGUCGCUGGACAGAGUUGUGACUGUAUUGCCGUGUGUGUAUAUAUGCCUUUUGAAUGAUGAAUCGACAGUAAUAGCGUUUACGGCAGCAGAAGAUCAGUUUGACUGGUCACAGAAGAGAGGAAUAGGUACUCGUGAGCGUAGCAGACCGGAUAUUGCUCAUCGUCAUAUACAACGGCAGUGUGUCGUAAAGGACAACAAACCUGUGGGAAUAUCCUUUUUUCGUCUAUAGCAGCCAGGAUGAGUGGCGCUCUCCUGGUAUGCUGUUUCAUUGGUCUUUGUGCUGCAGCUGGAUCGCCAGGAUCUUCCCAUCCGAGAAUAGGUAACAUUCACGGCAAUCAGAGAUACAACAGGGACAACCGUAGUCAAGGUACGAUCCAGGCUAAUUUGUAUAGUACCAAUAACAAUAAUCAGGAACUGCCGCCGUCAACAACAACAACAAAGGUGCCAGAAUAUGCAUUCGUGCUAGGCACAAUUGGUAAGGCCAUCCGGGUGGCGAACUCGAGCAAUGGCUUGGCACUUGAGCUAUUUAAGCGGGUUGCCGAUCAUGACAACGUUUUUUUUGCACCAUUCGCUAUAUCGACCGUUCUUUCGAUGGCGUACCAGGGGUCUGCUGGACGCACGGCGGAAGAAAUGGCAAAAGUGCUCGGUUACGAGCACUCAAAGGACCUAAAGCAGUUCCUCCUUGACGGAUUCAAAUCAGCCCGGAGUCUGGUCAAUGAGGAAACUGGAACGAACGAGCUGAUUGACGUUAACACAAUGCUGAUUGACAGCAAAAUCAAAAUUUUGCCUGAAAUCAAGGGAAAAUUGGAGAACUAUUAUGGAGUUUCUGUACAAGAGGUAAACUUUCAGCGAUCGGCAACUCUGAAAGUUCUCGACACGCUAGUUACGCUAAAGACAAAAGGUCAUAUUAAAAAUGCCUUUGGUGACCACGAAGUACUUCCGAACACGAUCAUGAUUUUGGCAAACGUUAUCUUCUUUAAGGGCGUGUGGGCCAAGCAGUUUGAUCCGAAAAACACAAUAAAGGGCAUCUUCCUCAACGAAGGCCAGAAGGCUUAUGCAAAGGAAGUCGACUUCAUGACGAUGCUUGACUACUACCAAUAUGCCUACUAUCCGAAACUGAAGCUUUCCGCCCUGGACGUGCCGUACACCGGUUACCAAAUGAGAAUGACCAUUUUGCUGCCAGAUGACCCAUCCCGAAUGGGUAGCAUCUUGGAUAAUAUCAAUACGGACGAUGUGCGACAGAUCGUGUUGGAGAUGGAGCCCGCUCUGGUCGAGGUCAUACUGCCUCUAUUUAAGAUAAGCUCACGACUUAAUCUAAAGGAAUACCUACAAAAGCUGGGAAUGCGCUCUGGGUUUAAUCAAGGCAUUGCGGAGUUGCCAUACUUCACCGCAGAUGAUAGUCUACACAUUAAUGAAUUCGUACAUCAGGCUGUUAUUGAGGUAAACGAGCAAGGAACCCUAGCAGCUGCAUCGACAGCCGCGGCCCAUGCUACGCGUUCCAGGGUCGUCAAGUUUCAUGCCACCUCGCCAUUCCUGUUCAUUAUCAGAGACUCCCGUACAGGACUUUUCCUUUUCGUUGGCAAAGUUUCAAAGCUGUAAUACAAAUGGGUUCAAUAGAUGUUCUGCGAUUAAACAUCGUUGCUUGGUAGGCACGUAAAGAUAUGUAUACCCAGAGAUUAUGCAGGCGUUCGUCCUGGUCUCACUACUAUAUUAAAAGUCCUCAGCGGAAUGUGUAGUCUAAUAGUUGUGCAUUUCGCAGGAAAACUAGACGAAGAUAGCUUAUAUGUCGUAAGGUCGUAUAGGACUGUGGCCUAUGGUGCUAAGGGUCAGUUGCUUAUAAAAAAAAAAAACCUGUAACAUGAUUUGC